CACGACAAACCCCUGCCAGAUCCACUGGAUGCCGCUUUGCUGCCCCAAAGUCUCCUUGACACUUAAAAGCCACUCCACCCCCUCAACGCACGUCCGACCACCACCCGACAUACAACCGCCCUUUGGUUUUUGCAGCUGGUGGCCUAACGGGAAUAACCUCACGCCCCUCUUGCUCUCUCAAGAGCUGCAAGACUGCCCGAGCUUGACAGCUUGCAACUGCAGCGCUUGAGGAAGCAUGUCACUAAAACAGGAAAUCGAGACUUGGGUCGAGGCCCUCAAGUACUACGACAACAAUGAGUUCGACGAGUCGCUCAAGUCGUUUGACAAGAUCGCGGACACCUCCAAGAUUUUGUUCAACAUGGGCGUCAUCAAUGCGACUUUAGGCCAGCACGAGCAAGCGGUUGAGUGCUAUCAACGCGCCGUCAAGCUCGACCAAUAUCUGGCCGUUGCAUAUUUCCAACAAGGAGUUUCGAAUUUCCUCCUCGGCGACUUCGAAGAAGCCCUCGCAAACUUCAACGACACCCUGCUUUACCUCCGCGGCAACACCCUGAUCGACUAUUCGCAGCUAGGCCUGCUCUUCAAGCUGUACUCUUGCGAAGUCCUCUUCAACCGUGGCCUCUGCUACAUCUACCUCGAGCAGAUGGAGGCCGGUAUGCAAGAUCUGCAAUAUGCCGUCAAGGAGAAGGUGGUUGAGGAUCACAAUGUGAUUGACGAUGCGAUUCGGGACGAGGCCAAGGGUUACACCGUUUUUUCUAUCCCAGUCGGCGUCGUCUACAGGCCAAAUGAGGCCAAGGUGCGGAACCUGCAGCAGAAAGACUACCUUGGCAAGGCGCGACUGGUUGCCGCGUCAGACCGCAGUAAUGCCUUCACAGGGUUUGCCGGUACUGAGCUGAACAAGGCGAUUGCGACUAGUGAGGCCAAAGAUGAUAGGCCACCAGAAGCGCUCUCCUUUGCCGCCAGCAACCUCGUCAAGCCCGGCCUGCAGAGCAGGAUCCGACAGCAAUCCGAACCCCCCAACAACCGCAAUGUCUUCCCCCCGACGCCCCCCCCCGAAAACGACAAGCCUGCCCAGAUGAGCCGCGGACAGUCGGUACGUAACGGGCCAAAACCGAUUCCUAGCAGGCUUAACCUCGAAAAAGUCAAAUCAAACGAGCGCUACGAAAGAACGUCGCCCGACGACGGGAGGCCCCGGCCGACCCGCUCGGCGUCAGCUGCCCCGGCCCGUGGGGUCUCCCAACGUGACCCGCCUAGGCGACGGAGAGACGAGGAAGAGGACCCAUACCAAGCGAAUGAUGACGUUUACGACAUGUACAGCGGUGGCGCCGGGUCCCGGAGUAGCAGGUCGCAAAGGAGCGCCGUCGGCCGGACACGAGAACGGUACAUCGAGGAAGAAGAGGAGGAUGGGUCCGACUACGACGACGUGUCGUUUGACGAGGGCGAAUUCGAGAUGGUGUCAAACCGUAGACCUGCAGCUCCGGGUUCUGUCUUGUCAGGCGGGUCAAGGAGGGAAUCCUCAAGGCGAGAUCGACUGAAAACUGUCCGUGUCAAGGUACAUGCUGGCGACGUGCGCUACAUCGCGGUCGGCCCGGCGAUCGAGUUUCCAGAUCUCGUGGAUCGGAUCCAGGAGAAGUUUGGGCUGCGCCGCAGGUUCAAAAUCAAGGUCAAGGACGAGGACAAUCCCGAGGGGGAGAUGAUCACCAUGGGCGACCAGGACGAUCUGGAUAUUGUCAUGAUGUCGGUCAAGCAGGCUGCCAGGAAGCAGAGGUCUGACACAGGGAAGAUGGAGGUUUGGAUUCAAGAAUUAUAACGACCAUCAGGUGGAAAAAAUGCGCUUACUGUUUUAUACCCCGACUCCGGCGCGCACAACGGCUAGCACUUGACUACGAAGUUAAUGAUGGACACCCUCACAACAGCACACGCUCACCGUACAUGAUCACGAUUUUCUUCAUAUCUACCCGGCUGGUAGUUGCAGUCCGGACACCAGCCGACAUAACUUUUCUGCAUAUCAUUUUGCAUACAGCCAGGAGACAGACCUAGGGAACAGCGGCGUUGACUCUGGAGUUUGGGGUUCAUCGAUACACUUGCACAGGGGC